GAUGCAUUCACAAUAUAACCAAUAUAAUCCAAAUUAAGCACGUGCUGUAUUUCCUAUCAAUCAAUUGUUUAUCUGAAAAAUACGACUGACUGCAAAAAUAUUCUGUUGUGUUGUUAUUUUGACAUUAACUGUUUAUGUGAACGGACUGAGGGAUAGUCAUACCAAUUAAAGCAUUGCAAAAUGGUCAGAGCUAGGGACAAAAUGGCGGCCAAGACGGACAUGGAGCGCAUUGGCGUGUUCAGUGAGUUAGGCUACCUUCUGGGGGACAAGUACAAGAACCCUUCGAAGGGUGGUUUCAAUGAGAAGGCGGGCAAGGGCAAACAGAUGCUACCCGGGGGGUCCAAGAGCAAAUCGGCAGUGAGGGACGGCUACUUUUCAGACUUCGGCCGUGUGUUUGAGAAGGAGGCGUACACAGACUACGUGAAGAUGAGGAGGAUGGACCGGAUCAUGGCGAGCAAGAAGAACAUCGGCAAGAACUGGACGCCCAGCAGUUACCCCUCCAAAAUGGUUGGAUCUGGCAGCUACUAUGGCACCCUGGGUGGAAGAGUGGACCAUCUAUCCCCUGCUGUUCGAGCAGGCAAGGCACACACUGCACCCCCACGUAACUUCACCACACAGCCGGGCAAAAAGGGAACCGGAUACGGGUAUGUUGACGUCUCAAUUGGGAAAUUGCCCGGCUAUCAGUCGGACAACUACGAGAGAGCAAAGGACCAGUUCAGGAAAGAGAAUGAAGCAGCCAAGUCCAGGAUGAAGGGAGGCUCAUUCAAACUAAACAUGGCGCCCAGAGAGUUCUUCGACGAGAACCCCUUCAAGUCAGACAAGAACCUGCCCCCUGUCAGGAAGGCCACACCUACCAAGGAGCCAGCCAAACCCUUCCGACCCAGCAACCCUGGAAAACUGCUGGGCGGAGCUAAGUUCGGCACCUUCGACCCCUACCCGGAACAUCCAAAGGACGUGUAUGUGUACAACCCCAAUGUGUUCCGACAGCAGAAGCCGGGAGAGAAAGUGUUCGUACCCUCUGCCGGACCUAAGGGAUACCCCAUCAACUCCAUCGUGAACCAAAUGGUCACCAGAUCAAUCAACGAUACAAAUGUGCCCUACACACAACAGUGCUACUGACGACAAGGAAACUUUCAAGACACACUUUUUGCUAUUUUAUAUCAGUUUGCAAUUUACUCCUUCGCUAGAGUUUCAAAA